AGCGCUCCAGAGAAAUCGACCAUCUAGAAAGAAGAAGAGCAAUGAACAAUAUUUUCUCCAUGAAAUCAAAAGGAAAAAAAUGACAAACCUUGUUCUAAAGCUCCCUUGCCAUCUUCAUUCUUCCCAUCUUCAUCUUCUUCCUUCAAGGUCUGUGAGUUCACGAUUUAUCAGGAACAAAACCUUCAUCAUCAUGUCCCUCUCUUCGUCGUCAUCACCACCUGUAACUAAUCCCAACAAAGAAGACAACCUACAAGAGCAACUGACUCAAGUGCUCAAAUACCACAACCAGACUAAGCAUUCCUUCAAUAACUACGCCAGAGGGCCUCAUGGCCUUGACUGGGCUAACCAGCCUAAUCCGUUUCGUCGUUAUAUCUCUGCACCACUCAUCCCUCUGCUUCAUGUCCCCACUGUGAAUCAGAACCCAUCAGCCCUUGAUUCUCCUUCAUACUCUUCUCUCUUUCUCUCACUCCCUCCUCCAAAACCCUUAUCCCAAUCCACUAUCUCUCAGCUUUUCUAUGAUUCUCUUGCUCUCUCCGCCUGGAAAAGCACCGGCUUCUCCACUUGGUCGCUACGGGUCAACCCGAGUAGCGGCAAUUUGCACCCAACCGAGUCAUACCUUAUUGCCCCUCCGAUAGAGGCAGUCUCUGACUCAGCUUUUGUGGCGCAUUACGCUCCAAAAGAUCAUUCUUUGGAGCUCAGAGCCAACAUCCCAACUGAGUUUUUCCAUAAAUUCUUUCCCGAGAAUUCUUUUCUUAUUGGGUUUUCCUCAAUUUUCUGGCGCGAGGCCUGGAAGUAUGGGGAGCGAGCGUUCAGAUAUUGCAAUCACGAUGUGGGACAUGCCAUCUCAGCGGUAGCAAUGGCUGCUGCGGGGCUUGGAUGGGAUGUGAAACUUCUCGACGGUUUAGGGUAUAAGGAUUUGAAGAACCUAAUGGGCCUUAAUAUUUUCCCGGAGUUUCAAAUUCCUUCGAGACCCGUUAAAGGGAAGAUUCCUGAGAUUGAAUUUGAGCACCCGGAUUGCGUGCUUCUUGUUUUUCCUCAUGGGAUUACCAAAUUUGAUCUGAAUUAUAAGGAACUGAGUGAAGCGGUAACGGAGUUUUCCAAUAUGGACUGGAAAGGGAAGCCUAACGUGCUUAGUAAACAGCAUGUUUGUUGGGAUGUAAUUUACAGAACAGCUGAGUCAGUGAAAAAGCCGUUAUCCACAGGAAAUGGAUUGUCGAUUGAUCCAUUUCGGGGUAGCAGGGAUUAUGGUGAUGCUUCAUAUAAGGAUUUUACAUUGAGGGAAGUUGUGAGGAAGAGAAGAAGUGCGGUUGAUAUGGAUGGAAAUACUCAGAUGGAGAGGGAAACAUUCUAUCAGAUACUGUUGCACUGUCUUCCUUCAGGUUCCGCCACUGGAGAGAAGCAGAAGAGGCAAUUAACAUUGCCAUUCCGGGUUCUUUCUUGGGAUGCUGAAAUUCAUGCUGCUUUGUUUGUGCAUAGGGUGGCAGGGUUGCCAAAGGGAUUGUAUUUCUUGGUGAGGAAUGAGGAUCAUCUUGGGGAGCUCAAGAAUGCUAUGAACUCUGAUUUUAAGUGGGCCAAACCCGAAGGUUGCCCUGAUCAUCUUUCUCUUUAUGAGCUUGCUAAGGGUGAUUGUCAGCAGCUCGCCAAACGGCUGUCCUGCCAUCAGGAUAUUGCUGGUGAUGGCUGCUUCAGCCUGGGUAUGGUGGCUCAUUUUGAGCCUACAUUACAAAACAAGGGUGCUUGGAUGUAUCCUAGGCUGUUUUGGGAGACUGGAGUUCUUGGCCAGGUUCUGUAUUUAGAAGCUCAUGCAGUUGGCAUAUCUGCUACUGGUAUUGGUUGCUACUUUGAUGACCCUGGUAUGAUUUUGCUUUCUUGUCAAAUUUUCUGCUUUUUUAAAGCACUAUUUGUCUUUCAUCAUAUAGCCAGAGCAAAACAAGAGAUCUCGAAUCAACUCAAAAAUCUUGUUAAUGCUGAGUAAUGACAGUAGUCUGUG